AUCUAACUAUAAUAUGUGUCAUCGAAGUUGGAUUGUUAAGUAUUUUCGUUGCAGAGCAACAAAUACAAAUCUAACAACCUAUGCAUGUGUAGAAGGCAUGGUACAGCAGAAAGCAGAAUAAUUCAAAACUUUUACCCACAAAUACGUUUUCUGAUAUUACAUGAAACAUUUCAGAGUGAAAAAUGUUUUUCAGCUGUCAGAAAUAACAUAAACAGUUUUUUUUCUCCAAUAAUUGAUCAAUAUACAUGAGUUUGGAACAGACAGCAGUUGUGUGUAUUAUUCAAUUGUUUGGUAUUUGUCUCAAUAACAGACUCAAAUAUAAACAUCACUUUUGCAAAAGGUUGAGCCAUAUAAACAUAAUAUGUCACUAGUUCGUUUUGCACAAAGUGUGCAAGUAUAAUCUUUAUUUUCUGUUGUUUGGCACCAGCUAUUGUUUCAGUUUCUUUUAUCAUCUGCCACAAAUGGAAAAAUAUUGUUUACAUAGCACACUGUACCAAACAGGGAAUUUCAGCUUUUCUCUGUGAACUCCUAACCUUACAAUACAAGAGAUCUGAUAGGCUCUUUGCUGUUGGGAGUGUGCAAAAAGGGAUGUGACAAAGAUAGUAAAAUCAGGCUCAGAGCAAAUUCAACAAUUGAUAUCUGUGUGUCACAGAGUGAUUUACCUCUCAAAGCCGAACUGCUACAGCACACAGGGUACAGAGUAGGCUUUCAGGGCAGAGCAUAUGGAGACUAACAGCAGAGAAACACUGAAGGCAGACUUUGAUGCAUUUGAUAUUUCUGAGGAGCUUGGAUUUCUCCUUGAAGAGCCACUGACUAGCCUUCCAGACUAUUAUCGGGUGUGGUUGGACCUGGCAAAUAAUCUCACACAUCUGAUAGAGUCACAUACACUACGGGAUCUGGUUCACAAGAUGCCGGUCUUAAGUCCAGAUUUCUUGAUUGACCAUCGGGAGCUAAGGCUAGCUCACCUGGUGCUGGGAUUCAUCAGCAUGGGAUAUGUAUGGCAGGAAGGACAACAUGCGCCUGCUCAGAUUCUUCCAAAAGCCCUUGCCUUGCCAUAUUGGCUGGUAUCUCGUAGGCUCGGCCUUCCACCCAUCCUGACCUAUGCUGAUUCAGUUUUAGCCAACUGGAAAUUAAAGGAUCCCACAGGGGAUAUGGAAAUUGGGAACAUGGACUUGAUAGUUUCGUUUCCUGGUGGUGAGAGUUGCAGGGGAUUUUUCAUGGUGUCAUUGUUGGUCGAGAUGGCUGCCAGUUCAGGCAUAACGGGGGCUCUGGAGGUGAUGCAUGCUAUAAAAACCUCGGACCUCAGUGGCAUACAGAAAGGUCUCGUCAAAGUAACUCAGUCUUUGAAGAAGAUGAAGGAGACAUUCAAACUCAUGCACAAUCAUGUGGAUCCAACUGCCUUUCAUGGAACAUUGAGAAUUUUUGUCUCAGGGUGGCGAGACAACCCCAUGCUUCCAAGGGGGCUGUUGUAUGAAGGUGUGAGCAAUGAGCCAAUUUUGUUAUCAGGCGGAAGUGCAGCCCAGAGUUCAACCAUUCAGUGCUUUGAUGCUUUACUGUGCAUCCAGCAUGAGGAUGAGACAGGAUCCUUCCUGACACGCAUGAGGGAAUACAUGCCUCCUGCCCACCGUCAGCUGAUAGAAACUCUGUCUGUCUGUCCUUCUCUGCGAGACUUCAUCUUGUCCCACUCCAGCUCUGAUCUCUGCCAGGCCUACAAGUCCUGUGUCUCAGCGCUGGUGGAUUUACGGAACUACCACCUCAAUACUGUGGCCAAGUAUGUCGUUGUGCCCGGUAAUCACGCCCGCGCCAUGGGGUGCCCGCUGAGAGGUGUGGGCACUGCGCUGAAUGAAACAGGGACAGGUGGAUCCAGUCUUAUGGUCUUCCUCAAGAGUGUUCGUAACACCACUCAAAAAGCACUAAUUUUAGAGAGACCAUCUGCUUCAAAAGAAACUGAAAUGUGAUAGUAGUAUAUAUAUAUAUAUAUAUAUAUAUACAU